UGCUGAACGCGGCAUCGUCUCACCUGUAGACCAGGUAAAACAGUAGCUCGGUGACGCGCGCGCGCGACGGGGACCGGAACCGAGCUUUUUUUUCGAGACCAGCCGCCCACCAUGAGCUGAGCCCCGGUCCCGCGCAGCCUCUGAAGGUCCCGCAGGUCCGGUGUCCGGUUCCGGGGUCGGGAAACUUACCGGACAGGUGUGGCGAAAGAGUAUCAACAGAACCGCCACUUCCGCCAUCUGAACGCCAGGUCUCAGCCGGACUCAGAACAACAACACGGAGAUUUCCUGCUCGAGCUUAUGAGGUCCUGACCGGGUGCCAUGCCUGGCCACAGCACCGUGCCGAACCACAAGUCCCGCUCCCAGGCGCAUGGUUCGGGGCGCUGCAGGGCCGAGGGCUACAAACAAGCUCGCACCAACUCCCGAGACAGUGCUACCAGCCAGGAAUUACACUGGGACAGCCUCUGUAAUCCACAGGACUCUUACCGGGAUCACUGCGGCACUGGCCGAGAAUCCUACCGGGAUUACCACGGCCAGGAUUCAGUCAGGGACUGUCAGCCGACAGGCCAGGACUCAUCCCGGGAUUACUACAGUGAGUGGCCACGAGCCAUUGACACACAGCCUUCCCAAAAGCCUCCACCACGCUAUGUUAACGGCCGUGGCUCUGAGACCCUGGGAUUCAUCCCGGGUUCUGCGGCAUCACCAGUGGGAGGCGGCCGGGCCUGUGGUUCCUGCUCCUCUAUGGGCUGGACCGGCUGCAGAGCUUUCCUGUGUUGUGUGCUGACUUGUGGCUUUUACGGAAACCGGCAGCCCUGCCUCCCUGCAAACGAGAGCUCCACUGACGCCCCGCCGAAGACUGAGCAGGAAACCCGGCGACCUCCUGUCUUAGCCUUGACCAACCCCACCUGUGGCAUAUCUUUGGAGCCCAGCAAACCUGCACAGCUGCCCAGUUCUGAAAGCUUCCGCUACCGUGAUGUCUACAUCGCUGGCAAAAAGGUAGAUUUCCCUUCAAACUCUGAGGGUCAGCCGAGACGUAUCAAGAUGGCAGGUAAGGGCGAGAGCCAGCGGCCAGUGAGCAAUACCAGUAUCUACUCCAGAGAGGAUCUGGACCUGGACGACGUGGACGACGGUGGCACGGACAUAGACUCGCUCAUCACCAAGAAACUGCUGGAGCUCUACAAGUUUCAUCAGAUCGAGCAGCUGGCCAAGUGCACGUCGGACCAGUCGUUCUCACGCAAGACCAACGAGAUCAGCGACCUGAUCAACAGCAUCGCACAGGACUACAACCUGGAGGAGCAGGAGGCCGAGUGCCGGCUGGUGCAUGGCGUCAUACGCAUCAGCACGCGCAAGUACAAAUCUCAGAGCUCUAAAGGCUACAAAAACAAUGACUACAGAUCCCAGGACGCACUGCUCCAAGCUAACGGAGGCGGGAGAAGAGACGGGACACUGCCUGACAGUGGAAAUGAGACAAUGACCUUCACCUUCAGCAAUGGUGAGCCGGAGGUCCAGGUGUCCGAAUUGACGCCAUCAGAUGAGCUUGCCCGGAAGAUGAGGGUGCACAGUGGACGAAGUGCUUAUUACUCCAGCUCAGCUACAGACUCUUCGGGAGCACCCCUCCUGUGCUGACCGAGCGACUGGACCGGAGACAACUUGGAUAAACUGGGAACCUCAUGGCAAACAUUUGGACUAGAGGCUGUUUAGCUGGAUUGGGCUUAGAGACAGCCAGACUGGAGACAAGACUAGGGACUACUCGGCUGGCCUAGAAUUGGCAAGAGUUAAGGACCAAACAACUUGUCUAGAGACACUACAUCUGGACUAGAGACCAUUGUGCUUGCUUAGGGACCUCAAUACUGGACUAGAGACCAGAUUAGAGACCACACAACUGGACUAGGGACCACACAGAAGGACUAGAGCCAAACCAUGGGACUGGAGACCAUGCAGCUAAACUAGACUAAACAAGACCAUGGACUUUAUAUCGAGGCUAGAUACCAAGUUAGAGACCUGCAUGUAGACGGCACUGUACUUGUUGGGGAUGUCACGGCUAGAAUGGAAACCAGAUUAGGGACCACAAAGGAGGAAUUAAAACUGCAGAACUUGACUAAAACUUGAUCAUACGAUGAGACGAAAAAGCAUUGGGUGGGACUCAAGCUUAGGACUUAAGACCAUGCAGUUAAACUUAGAAAUGCACAUUUGGCAUAUAUACCAAACAGCAAGACUAGGGAUUGCACAUUUAGUCUAUAGACUGCACCAUUGCUAGACUGGGAAUUGCACAACCGGUCUAGAUACUAGACGUUAGAGACCAAAAGGCUGCACUAGAGACUGCACAUCUGUACUAGUCACUGCUCAGCUUGCUUAGGGAACUCAUGGCAGAGCUAGAAACCAGAUUAGAGACCACAUCGCAGGAAAUGAAACUACCAAACUGAAAGCUUACAGUGUAACUAGAAACCAUACCGUGGGACUACAGAUCGUACUGUAGGAGAUGAGACCGUUCAGCUCAACUCAGAGAAUCCCAGGUAGACUAUAGAUAAAAAAAAAUCAAGACUACAGACUGCAUAGCCAGACUGGGAACUGCGUAACUGAACUGGAAACCAAGUUAGAGACCAACAAGUUGGAGGACUAAAUGGACAUCUUGGUUAGAAACAAAACAGCUGGAUUACAGACUGCACUUCUAUACUUGUUUGACUCAGAAACCGAAUUGGAGAUCACGUCUGGAAUUGAAUAAAUGAACAGCGAGACUUGAACCCAAUCUCUUGGAUUGGAGACCACUCUGCAGGGCUUUAUUCCAGUUAGGGAUGAUGUUUCUUCUGUCCAGUGCUCUGGUUACCUGCCCAGAUCGUCCAAUAGUCCAAUGGUAUUUUGAUUGAAUGCGUAUAUGGAUUGGGAUUAGACUUGAAGCAGACGUUGUUGAUUCCAGACCCCGAGGAGCUUCUGGUGCCGUCCACCUCGUUUACAAAUCCUCUACUGUACAGACCCCCAGCUGUUUUUAUAAGGACUAUUUUUAAAAAUAAAUCCUGCUUUUCUGCUUCUGCUUUACUCGAGCAGGUGCCGGUCCCCCCGUCGCUCCGUCUGAUUGGGUGGCUGAUGGACGACGGUGAUGUAUUGCGCUGUUCCCCGUGUUACUGCUGCGCACUGAACUUCCUGUUUUUAUAAUGUUACAGAAUUCAGCUUUAGUGUUGCGUGUUCUGCUUUUUUUCUAUGUUGCUCACUUUUAUCGCACACUCUGUUUGGAUUGUUUUUAGCUAAAUAAAAGGACGUUCUUUGGUUCUUCUGCUUUUGGUUUACGUGUUGAUGGUGCACUGUGUUUAUGGACUAUAUUAAAGUGUUCUGGUUCGGUUUCAGUUUUUGGAUGGAACUAAAA